AUGUCAUUAUCAAUGUUCAAUCAUGAUUGUGAAAACGUCCUGCAAUUGAUAGGAGGUCGUGUUGUCUCAUUACGUCUGAUAUACCGUUUACGUGAUGAUUUUUUUGGCUGUAAAGUUGAUCAAUUGUUGAAAAACAUUCAAAGUUCGACCGAAGUCGGUGAUUUAAAAAAAUCUUUCACAUCACUUAUUCGUUCAGUUAUCAGCUAUAUUGAAAAAUAUGAUAAUAAUAAUGCAUCAUUUUAUGAAGCGAUUUCUAUUUUCAAUGAAAUAAAUAUCGAGAGAAUCGAAUGGAAAAAUAUCCAACAUUGUACCACUUAUAUCAAUAAUGAAAUGUUAGAUCUAGAUGGUUUAUAUAAUGAUUUUAAUAAUAUAAAAUCGAAAUAUAUUGAAUCGAAAGAAAAAUUCGGUGGCAUUAAUAAGCAAAUAGAAUCAUUUCUCAUCAAAUUUAGGUGUAUCAAAACGAGCUGA